AUGGGGGCUCAUAGUUUCGAUAACAGGGGGAAGCUUUACAACGAAAUUACCAAAUGUGGAAUAUACGCGAAAAAAAAAGAAACACUGUAUCAAACAAAAUGUCUAGGAAUAUAUUCUUUUUCUGUCAUCAUUGACUGGUUAAACAGCCUUUUAAUAUGCAGUAAAAUUUUAAAUGAAAAUAACAUAUAUGAAGAAAUAAAAGACGGACUGCUGAUUUUAAAAUUAAUAAAAAUUUAUAUACCUCAUGUUGAAAUUCGUGGAAUAUUCCUUAAAGCAAUAAAAAAAAAAUGUGCAAUACAAAAUUUAGAAAAUGCAUUAUCAAUUAUUUAUAAGAACAACACUUAUUAUUACUCUAUAGUAUCAUCAGUAGAUAUAUAUGAACAAAAAGAAAAAAAAGUUAAUAUUUUUUUGAUACAACUAUUUGACAGAUUUGAAUUUCAGAAUUUAAAAAAUAUAUCCAGGCCUUUAUUAAAUUGGUACAAUUACACACUUAAAAAAUUUUCAUUAUCCCUUUAUCGUGAAACAAUAAAUAAUCCUUUUCAUAUCACAACAAAUGAAUCAUUAUUUAAAUAUGAUAAAAAUAAAAAUCUUUAUUAUAAUAAAAAUUGUGAGUUGAAUGUGUGCACACAACAUAGUGAGUUCAAUAUCAGUUACGAAAAUAAUAAUCCUGAUGAAUAUGCGAAGGACUAUAAAACAAAAAUAUCAAAAAAGGAACAAAUAUGCAUUUUAAAAAAUUUUGCAACGUAUAUACUAUAUAAGGAUAAAAAAGAUUGUCCAAAUCAAACACCAUACAUUGUUAAAGAUUUUUCAGAUUGCAUAAAAAUAUUUUUUAUAUUUUACAGACAUGGCUAUCUUUCCAUAGAAGAACUUAAAAAUGUUGCUAAACCACAUAUUACAAAUACUUUUUAUCUUUUACAUAGUUUGCUCAGAAAAUUAAACAUACCAAUUAUUUUACAGAAUAAUUACCUAAGUAAUCCUUGUGAAGUUGCAAUUCUUUUGCAGUUAAAAUAUAUACAAUGUUUCAUACAUAAUAAUGGUUAUGAAAAAUCAAUUAAUUUGAAAGGAGAGUUUUUUUUUUCUGACUUGUUAAGAAAAAAAUGGGAAAUAUGCAAAAAAGAGGAAAAAAAAGAAGAGGAAGGGAAAAAAAAAAAAAAAAAAAAAUUGGAAUGCACACAUGAAGACAUUCAAAACAAUGAAUAUGACAGACCUCAACUAACACAUGAUAAUAAUAUGUACGCAAACAGAUACAUAAAAAGGACCCUUCAAGAAUAUAACAAACGAAAUAUUCACAGAAUAAUUGUAACUCCGGAUAUGGAAAAUAGAGAAUAUGAACACUUCAGAAAUAAAAUAGCCAUGUGCUCCUCAGGUAGUGAAAUUGAUGAAAAGUUGCAUACCCUUGGUCAGCGACAAUUUAAUAUUGUAUCCAUAUGUGAUGAAGCAAAUGACGAAAUAGAAAAGAAUGAAACAGAACUUAUAACAGGAAUCGAAACAAAAUUUCACGAAAAAGGUGGGGAAAAAAUUCAAGAUACGGAAGUUAAAUAUGUAAAUAAUGAAAAGGUUAAUUCAACAACACGCGGAAUUGAUGAAUGCGAGCACGAAAAAAAACAUAUGACUCGUACAGGAAAAAAAAAAAAAAAAAAAAUUCAUAAAAAGGAUCAAAAUUAUUACACACACUCAAAACAAAAAGAACUUGUUCCAAUAUAUGAAUCUUUAGAAAAAGAAAUAUUCAGAGGAACUUCAAUAAAAGAUAUAAGAAAGAUGUUCUACGAUCAUAUUAACGAAAAUAUAAAUGCUCAUAAAAAGGAACAAUUAAAUUCAAAAAUAAAUUAG